AACCGAACGGAGACGAGUCCCAGCACGAGGCACGCCGAGUCCCCACCACGAGCAGCGUUGCCGGCUCAGUCGUUGUGCGGGAGUGGUCACUGAGGGAUGUGUGGUACCGUAACUGAGUGUGACUGAGGAAAAAGACCCGGCGUAGUUUCUCCGCGUAAUACGCUCUCGCUCUUUACCCCCCAGACAAAAAAGAACUAGAAGUCUAGUCAAUUUUUGGCCCCCUUCCUAAUUUCGCGUGAAAUUACGGGAUACGCUGAUCGUAUAUUUAUUUAAGUAUUUAUUGUACAAAAAACUUUAACUAUAGCCAACAGAAUGUCUGUGGACAAAGAAGAAUUGGUACAGCGUGCAAAGCUUGCCGAGCAGGCAGAAAGGUAUGAUGAUAUGGCAGCCGCAAUGAAGGCAGUCACCGAAACGGGAGUCGAGUUAUCGAACGAAGAAAGGAACUUGUUGUCGGUAGCGUACAAGAAUGUCGUUGGCGCAAGACGUAGCUCGUGGCGAGUAAUUUCCUCCAUUGAGCAGAAAACUGAAGGUUCCGAGCGUAAACAGCAAAUGGCCAAGGAAUAUCGGGAAAAGGUCGAGAAGGAGCUACGUGAAAUCUGUUACGAUGUAUUGGGACUCCUUGAUAAGUACCUGAUCCCCAAGGCUAGUAAUGCCGAGAGUAAAGUAUUCUACCUCAAGAUGAAAGGCGACUACUACAGGUAUCUCGCAGAAGUUGCUACCGGAGAAACUAGAAAUGCCGUGGUAGACGACAGCCAGAAGGCAUACCAGGAUGCGUUCGAAAUCAGCAAGUCAAAGAUGCAGCCUACCCACCCAAUCAGGCUAGGUCUCGCCCUCAACUUCUCCGUUUUCUAUUACGAGAUCCUCAACUCUCCAGACAAGGCCUGCCAGCUGGCCAAACAGGCGUUCGACGAUGCGAUCGCAGAGUUGGACACACUUAACGAGGACAGCUAUAAAGAUUCCACGCUAAUUAUGCAGCUUUUACGCGACAACCUCACUCUUUGGACCAGUGACACGCAGGGUGAUGCGGACGAAGCACAGGAGGGUGGAGAUAACUAACCUUCCUAAGCUUAAGUCCUUUCUAACCUAAUAAGAACAUCUAUUCUCUAUCGUCCCCCCGUCCCUUAAAGUGCUCACCCAUCCAUCCACCCGAGAUCGAUUUAUCCAUUCGCCUGUCCUUUCGUCCCUCGCGUACCUCGUUUCCUUCUUCCUUCUUUUCUUCUUUUCUUCCCCCCUUCCACCCCCUUCGUCCUUUCCCUCUCUUUCGUCAUUUUUCCCCUCCCCCCAUUCCGUUUACCAAUCAUCAUCAUCGUCGUCAUCAUCCCAUCAUCUAUCUUGAAUUCUAUCCCCUUAUUUUUCCAUUUUAUUAUAUAUCUCAUUUCGUUCUUCUUCGUGUCUCCUUUUCUUUCUUUCUUUUUUUUUUCUUCUUCCUUUCUACUUCCACAUUCAUCAGAAAUAUCAUCGCCCUUCUUCGAAUCCUUUAUAUUCCUUUAUAUUCACAUCUCCUCGAAAAUCGUGACCGUGAUGACCUGUUUGUUCCCAAUGCGACCGCACAUUGCUGCCAAUGCCACCGCCACAGCUGUUAUGCCCGAUUUCGAAACUUCGAACACGGAAAAAAAAAUCUCGCUCUCGACCGUAUCCUUUCCUUUGAGGGAUCGAUUCAUGUGUUGGUCGCUGAAUAUAACGAUAAUGAUAAUAAUAAUAAUACCCGUCGUCGGAGAAAAAUUUUCGAAUUCGAACGUUCAAGGAGAGUGUCAAUCUUUAAAAGAGAGGAACAGGGAGAGGGGGAUUAGAGAGAGAGAGAGAGUGUGUGCGCGUGUGUGUGUGAAAAAAGAGAGAGAGAGAGAGAGAGAAAGAGAAAAAAACGAAGAGAAAGUAAUAAAUGGCGAAGGUAAAAAAAAAAGAAAUUAGUAAAUUUAUGUGAAAUUAAACUUAGGAUAUUUAUGCGUUGCCAUACUCGUAUACGGGCCCUUAAUGAAAGGAAACGGUCGAGUUGUGAGGAUAUUGCUCGGUUUCAUGGCAUCAUCAAGUUUAUCCAAAAGAAGAAGCGUAUUGACUCAUUUUUUUGUGUGGAAGAGAGAAAAGGAGCAAAUUGUGAAUAAACAGAGGAAAGGACAGGAAGGAUUUUUGCAAACAUUGUCUCGUCGUGCAACGUCAUCGAACGAUGAUACACAGCGUAGAAAAAAAAUGGCAAAGUGUUGUGUUGUAUAUGCGUAUUACGAGAGAUAAGAAAUGCUGUCGAAGCUACUAGUCUUUGGGAAAUAUAUAUAUAUAUAUAUAUAUACAUACAUAUAUAUAGAAUUACAGGAAAAAUGUAUCGAUUUCGUUGUUGGGACGAGAUAUAUGGGAUGCAAAAGAAAAACAGCAAAAAAAAGAAAAAAAAAAAAAAACACUGUCACUACUCCCAGAUCUGCUCACUAUUUACCAUCUAAAGUAUUGCUAAACAAAAAAACAGAGAUUCGAGAAGAAAAAUGAAGUGAAAGAUAAAAAAAAAAAAAAGCACGCAUGAAUCUAAUUACAUUAUAUCCAGUUGUCAUUAAAUUAAAUUUCACAUUGUCUAGCAAGUACGAUAUUAUUAUACGAAGGGAAGAACGCAGGAGGAGAAAGGAGAGUAAAAAAAAUACAUUAAGUUAUUAAGUUCCAACACAAAAACAGUGAUGACUUAAUUUUUACAUUUACUACUUUUUACAUACAUGCACGUGUUAAUAGUAUUUAAAUUCUUCUACGUAUAAACACGCGUGUACGCAAAAAACACUACUAUAUUUUGUGUGCUCAUUCUGUUUUCUUUUUUUUUUUCCCCCCUAUUUCGUUUUUUUCGUGUGUGUGUACGCGCGCACGCGUGUAUAUAAAUCUUAAGAUUUACAUUCGAGUUGUCCAAAACAAUUCUUGUUGUUUCUUAUAUUUAUUCCAAAAAUUGUGUCGUUUAUUUUUUUAAUUGCUGUAUUAUCGAGGUGAGUGGAGCACAUAACUUUAAAAAUACAUUUUUAUCCAUCGUAUGCCAUACGACCGUCCGUUGCUAGCGCGUGAAUAUCUGAGAAAGGAAGGGGACAAGUAGAUUCGAUUUAUUUAAAAAAAAAAAAUCACGGCUAAUCGAUGCGCAAUAAUUUAAAAAAAAAAAAAAAAAAACAAUAUUUCCCUCUCUAUAUAUAUAAUUUCGAUAUCUCGACAUUUAACUCAUUCUUCAAAUUUUGAUUCAAUUGCGUCCAUCUCUUUUUCUCCUCCUCUUUAUAUCUGUUUUACUCUCGUAUCCCCUUCCCCCCCUCCUUCAAUCUUUCUUUCUUCCUCCCUCUCUCUCUCUCUCUCUCUCCCGUAUAUAUGUUAUAAUAUAUAUACAUAUAUUAUACACAAUAAUAUAUAUACAGCGGAUAUUUAUCAGAGACUUGACUACUAAUGUCGCACUAAAAAAAAGAAAAAAAAAAAAACAAAGGAAAAGAAGAAAACGAGGACAAAUUAUGUACGCGUAUAAAGAAAAAAAAAAAAAAUUAUUAUCCCGAUACUCCCUUUAACAUACAUACGCACGUAUGCAUGCAUUUAUACAUAUUGGUAUAUAUGUAUGUGCGUGAAUGUAUGCGUGUAUAUAUAUUAUAUAUAUAUGAUAUUCAGUUUUUGUAGGCAUGAUCGAUCUCACGAAAAUUGUCGAUAUAGAAUUUGAAGAAUUUUAUUCGUUACGUCUUGCAAAUUUUGCAAAUUUAUAUAAUAAUAACUUUUCAGAAUAUCUAUCUAAGAUGCGGUGCAUAAUUUAAAUGAAUUCGGUUUCACGAAAGAAAAAGAUCAUGCAUAUAUUGUCUUUGAAUUUUCAUUCGUUUUUUAAAAAGCUCCGUUGUAAAUCUUUUGAUCGAUCGAUCACGUAUACCAUAUAAAAAAAAGUUCUCGAGAAGAAGAUUUUCAUUCUGAUAUAUCUGGUGGUGACAGAUUUAAAAAUGGCGGAUCAGAGACGUGUAACGGUCUGUGAUCGGCUCGACCGAAACCUCGAUAAAAAGGGACGAACGUUACCAUUUUUUAAAAAUGGGAAAAAGUCGAAUAAUUAUUAAUAAUAAUAAUAAUAAUAAUUAAAUUAAAAUUAACGCGUCCAAAUGCAACGGAUACGUUCGGUCCAGGGGCGGAUUAACAUGUAUAUAUGUACGAAUCUAGUGCUUCUAAUUAUUUCAGAAUUACGACAAGUCCUUUUUGUAUUUUACUUAAAUUCUAAGUAACGAUUCCUAAUUUUCAUCGAUCGAAUAAAACGAAAUUCCAUUUGUUUCUAUGUUAAAACCAAUUCUUUUUUACGAUAUUAAAAAAUAAAUAAACGUUAAAUAUU